AUGGCGGGACUUAGCGGCCGUCACGCUCGCGAUCUGUUCGUUUAUCUACUUAAUCGGUUUCCUGGGGAUCGGCCUGAGUGUGCUUCUAAAGCGGUUCCGAUUCCAUCCGCUGCAGCUGUCCCUUCCGUUACAGUCUCCUCUGGUACAAUCACGCCGAACACCAGCACUGAAAGCUUGAAAACCUUCGUCUUCAAGUCCGACAGUGCAUCCUCGUUACAAGACGUCCCGCUGCAAGACCUCCCGGACGACGACAUCGCGCGCGCCGUCGCGCGCGGCGCCAUUCCCAUGCACUCCCUCGAGGCGCAACUCGGCAACACCCUCCGCGCCGCCGCGGUCCGGCGGCGCGCCGUGGAGAUUAAAACCGGGCGGUCCUUAGCCGGGCUCCCGCUGGAGAAUUACGACUACGACGUGAUCCGCGGCGCGUGCUGCGAGAUGGUGAUUGGCCACGUGACGAUCCCCAUUGGUGUAGCGGGACCGUUACUUUUGGACGGAACGGAAUUCUUCGUACCGAUGGCUACGACAGAGGGGUGCCUUGUCGCUAGCACGAACCGCGGCUGCAAAGCCAUCUGCGCCGCCGGCGGCGCGCGCAGCGUCGUGCUCCGCGACGGCAUGACGCGCGCGCCCGCCGUGCAGCUCCCGUCCGCGGUCCGCGCGGCGGAGCUGAAGGCGUACGCGGAAAGUCCGCGCAAUUGGGCGGAGCUCGCGGAGGCCUUCAACAGCAGCAGCCGGUUCGCGCGGCUGCGGAGCCUCCGCGUGGCGGUCGCGGGGCGGAACGCGUUUAUCCGCGUGGAGUGCGGCACGGGCGACGCGAUGGGCAUGAACAUGGUUUCCAAGGGCACCGCGAGCGUACUCGGCGCGCUGCGGGACGCGUUUCCGGAUAUGCGGGUUGUGAGCAUGUCUGGGAAUUACUGCGCGGAUAAGAAGGCGACUGCCGUCAACUGGAUCCACGGGCGCGGGAAAUCUGUCGUCUGUGAAGCCACCAUUCCCGGCCACGUGAACCUCCUGUCCUCCCCACCCCAUUGCCCUCCUCACCCCAUUGCCCUCCUGACCCCCCUGUUCAUCCCUGGCCGCGUGACAACGGUUGCCGCCCUGGUGGAGCUCAACAUGGUGAAGAACCUGGUGGGGUCCCCAUUGACUCGACCACUCUGCACCCCUCCGUAUUCCCGGUACCGUCUCCCCUUCUGUUUCCCCUCCCAGGUCGAAACUGUGCUAAAGACAACGGUUGCCGCCCUGGUGGAGCUCAACACCGUCAAGAACCUCGUGGGGUCGGCUAUGGCGGGCGCGGUGGGCGGCAGCAACGCGCACGCGAGCAACAUUGUCACGGCGGUGUUUCUUGCAACGGGGCAGGACCCCGCGCAGAACGUGGAGAGCUCGCAGUGCCUCACGCUGCUUGAGGCCGUCAAUAACGGUGCCGAUCUGCACGUGUCUGUGACCCUCCCUGCGAUUGAAGUGGGCACUGUUGGCGGAGGAACGUUCCUCGCACCGCAGGACCCCGCGCAGAUCGUGGAGAGCUCGCAGUGCCUCACGCUGCUUGAGGCUGCGAAUGGCGGCGAAGAUCUCCAUGCGUCGGUGACCCUGCCUGCGAUUGAAGUCGGCACGGUUGGCGGAGGAACCUUCCUCGCACCGCAGAUGAGCGUAAGGGACCCCGCACAGAACGUGGAAAGCUGGCGCGGGUGGUGGCGGCAGCAGUUGCCUAAACUCUUAUUCUCCUCCCCGCUGCUCUACUUCCCCCUCCCACAGGCAGCAGCGCUGGCCAUGCUGGGCGUGAAGGGCGCGCACAAGACAGAGCCAGGGCUGAAUGCGCAGCAGCUGGUGCGCGUGGUGGCGGCAGCAGUGCCUUUAACCCCUUCUCUUCUCCCCUCCGCUCCCCCUCCCCCUCCUCCACGCGGCAGCACUGGCCCUGCUGCGCGUGAAGGGCGCGCAAGACACAACCAGGGGCAAACGCGCAGCAGCUGA